AGAGGUUACUCACAUUUGAUAAAUUUGAGGAAGCAAAAGCAAUUCUCCUUGAAUAGCAUAGUGAAGCCGAAUUACCGUUUUCCUGUUGUAGUGUACUUAUAACCAGCUGUUCAUUUCGGGUCAAGUAUUUUUGGGGAUAUUCAUCUCUUACUGCCAUUUUUCUGUGUCUUUCACUGGUAACUCUUAUUAGGGAAGUUUAUGAUUUAUAAAUCAAGUCAGGAUGCCCUAAAGAUCAACUUUGUGGUUCAUCCUACUGAGAGAUUGGGUGGGUAACCAUGUGAAUGAAUGAGACCAGGAAGACCAGUUAAUUUCUUGACUCAUUUAAAUAAAAUUUAUCUUGAAGUAGUAUGACAGUAGGGCUUUUGCAGUUUAUUUUAAAUAACUGAAUCUGGAGAACAUUUAUUUCUUGGAAAGAGACCCAAGGCAUUCAGUAGGGCUUGCUUUUUGCAAAAAGUCAGUAGCGUUGUCUCUGCUUCUCUCUCCCAGAUCAAGCACUGCGCCUAGCAGAAAUUUUCCUACCUCUCCAACAUCAUCAGCAAGUCCCUAUUCCUCAGUGUCCGCCUCUCCCAUUGCAAAUGGUGAUAGCACUAAUACCUCUGGGAUGCACAGCUCCGGUGUCAGCAGGGGUGGAUCUGGCUUCUCUGCUUCAUAUAAUUGUCAGGAGUCCCCAUCGUCUCACAUUCAGCCUGGGCUCUGCGGACUUGGAAACCUGGGGAACACCUGCUUCAUGAACUCCGCUUUGCAGUGCUUGAGCAACACUGCACCACUGACUGACUACUUUCUCAAAGAUGAAUAUGAGGCUGAAAUCAACAGAGAUAACCCUCUGGGAAUGAAAGGGGAAAUUGCAGAAGCCUAUGCAGAGCUCAUUAAACAGAUGUGGUCUGGAAGGGACUCUCACGUGGCACCUCGCAUGUUCAAAACCCAAGUGGGACGUUUCGCCCCUCAGUUUUCUGGCUACCAGCAACAAGACUCUCAGGAGCUGUUAGCCUUUCUUCUAGACGGAUUGCACGAAGAUCUGAACCGAGUAAAGAAGAAACCCUACCUGGAGCUGAAGGAUGCCAAUGGGCGGCCAGAUGCGGUGGUGGCAAAGGAAGCCUGGGAGAAUCACAGGUUAAGGAAUGACUCUGUGAUUGUGGACACGUUCCACGGCCUCUUCAAAUCUACUUUGGUUUGCCCAGAAUGUGCUAAGGUUUCUGUGACCUUUGAUCCAUUUUGCUAUCUAACUCUCCCACUGCCCCUGAAGAAAGAUAGAGUUAUGGAGGUCUUUCUGGUUCCUGCUGACCCUCGCUGCAGACCUACCCAGUACCGUGUGGUUGUGCCGCUCAUGGGGGCCGUGUCUGACCUGUGCGAGGCACUCUCCAGGCUGUCCGGUGUUGCUGCGGAAAACAUGGUGGUCACAGAUGUAUAUAAUCACCGGUUCCACAAAAUUUUCCAAAUGGAUGAAGGUUUAAACCACAUCAUGCCUCGGGAUGACAUUUUUGUGUACGAGGUCUGCGGCACCUCCGAUGAUGGCUCUGAAUGUGUCACGCUUCCAGUCUACUUCAGGGAAAGGAAGUCCAGGCCGUCGAGCACUUCCUCUGGGGCCGUGCUGUACGGGCAGCCACUGCUGGUUUCUGUUGCCAAGCACAAGCUAACCCUCCAGUCUUUGUACCAGGCUGUUUGUGAGCGUAUCAGCCGCUAUAUAAAACAGCCUUUGCCUGAGGAGUCUGGCAGCUCGCCCUUGGAGCCGGGGGCCUGCAAUGGCUCCAGGGGCGGCUGUGAAGGAGAAGACGAAGAAGAAAUGGAGCAUCAGGAAGAAGGUAAAGAGCAGCUUUCAGAAACAGAAGGCAGUGGGGAGGAUGAGCUAGGUGGUGACCACGGUGAGACCACCCAGAAGAAGGUCAAAGGCCAGCCCUGCCGGAAAAGGCUUUUUACCUUCAGCCUUGUGAACUCCUAUGGAACAGCUGACAUAAAUUCCCUUGCAACUGACGGAAAACUACUUAAACUCAACUCUCGAUCCACACUGGCCAUCGAUUGGGACAGUGAGACCCGGAGCCUUUAUUAUGAUGAGCAGGAGUCUGAGGCCUACGAGAAGCACGUGAGCAUGUUGCAGCCUCAGAAGAAGAAGAAGACUGCUGUGGCCCUGAGAGACUGCAUCGAGCUUUUCACCACCAUGGAGACUCUUGGGGAGCACGACCCCUGGUACUGUCCCAACUGUAAGAAGCAUCAGCAGGCCACUAAGAAGUUUGACCUGUGGUCCUUGCCGAAGAUCCUGGUGGUCCACCUCAAACGUUUCUCCUACAAUAGAUACUGGAGGGAUAAGCUCGACACAGUGGUGGAAUUCCCAGUCAGAGCUCUGAACAUGUCCGAGUUUGUGUGUGACCUGUCGGCGAGGCCUUACGUGUACGACCUCAUUGCCGUGUCUAACCACUACGGAGCCAUGGGGGUUGGUCACUGUAAGUACUGGCGUCUGCCGCCCGGACGUGCUGAAAGGCCCUUGGCCAGUCCUACUGGCCUCUUCCCGUGUGCCAGGCCCUGUCCUCAGUGCUUUACACAGCGCCUCAGGCCCCCAGUGUCAGGCUUCAGGCAUGGUCCAAACUGCUGCUUCUCCAUUCUCUCUCUCUCU